UAUAAUGAAUCUAUGCUGUUCUGACCAUGCUGCAAGUGCAAAGGAACCUAUGAAGAAAUCUAAGAAAAAAGAACUAUCUAUGAAAGAAGAAUCUUCUCCGAGCCGUCGCGAUGAAAACAAAAUUGUAUUUUUUGAGGGGGAUUGUAAUCUUGCAUUUGAUCUAGAGGAUCUGUUAAGCGCUUCUAGUAAGAUUCUUGGAAAGGGUUCUAUUGGAACAACAUAUAAGGCUGCUUUAGAGGAUGUAACCACUGUGGUUGUGAAGAGAUUGAAAGAUGUUAAUGUUGGGAAAAGAGAGUUUGAACAACAUAUGGAAAUUGUAGGGAAAAUUAAGCAUGAAAAUGUGGAUGCAUUAAGAGCAUACUAUUAUUCAAAAGAUGAGAAAUUAGUAGUAUAUGAUUAUUAUCAUCAAGGCAGUGUUUAUUCCAUCUUACAUGAUGCAUCAAAUCAGUUUUCUGGUUUCGUCUCUGUCAUUAGGGAUGUUUCAAUGAAAUUUUUUCCACGUAGCUAA